AUGGACACUAAACACCAUACUGACCACACUGAAGAGAACCCCGAACUGACCGAACAGCAAUCAGACGUGACCGCCUCCGAAGACUUCUUUCAGCAUGCCAAUAAAAGUGAAGAGGAAGAAGACGGCGACGCAGCGAUUGCCUCUGCACCCGCUAUCACUGCGCCUGUAGAUAUGGACAACCCGCUACUCCUUCACGUACACGAGCAUCAUACAAGCCACGCCACCCUUACCCUCGACGAGGAAACCAUGUUACUAUACCUCAACCCCACACAAGGCACCUCAACCCGGAAGACCAUCCAUUUCAGAGGCAGGGGCGGUGAAGACCCACUCGUCAUCAAAUGCUACCCUUUCAAAGAAGGCCUCACCCUCCGUUUUGUCGAUUGCGAUCUCUGGACUACAACCGGCCGGGGAGAUGAUAAAAGAUGGCAUAAUUACAAGGAAUACCAUGUCCAUCUUCCGCAGGACAUAUGGCAUGCAGGUUUCUCUCAUGAAGUCAUGACUGGUCGUGAGAGAAGGGCGUAUGGUCCGCAUAACCCACAGCAGGCAGAAUACAACGCUGGUGUCUUUCCCCGGUUUAUGGAUGCAUUAGAGAGAAUGGUGGGAGCGGAGAAUAUGAUGAGGUGCAAGAAAGUUGGCGAUGAGUUAGUAGAUGAUGAUGCGGAGGAGGAAGACAGUGAUGGAGACGUUGAAUAG